AUGAUCAUCAACCUGCCAAAGAACCUGGAGAGGGAGACCACGCACCGCUACGGACCCAACUCCUUCAAACUUCACAGGCACGCCCCCCUUCAAGUUGUUGGCCUGUUUGCAUGGGAUUUCUCCAGCCUGCAGGCUCUCAUGCUGCCGGUGCCCAGGCCUGGGCAGGUGUUGGGGCUGGUGGGCACGAACGGCAUCGGCAAAUCCACCGCCCUCAAAGUCCUCGCCGGCAAGCUCAAACCCAACCUGGGGCGCUUUGAGUCGCCCCCCGACUGGCAGGAGAUCCUGGGGCACUUCCGGGGGAGUGAGCUGCAGAACUACUUCACUCGCAUCCUGGAGGACGACCUGCAUGCCACCAUCAAGCCCCAGUACGUCGACCACAUCCCCAAGGCCGUCAGGGGGAGUGUGGAGAGCAUCAUUGAUGAGAAGGAUGCCAGGGGCGUGAAGGAGAUGCUCCUGCGAGACCUGGACUUGGAACAGGUGCUGGACCGUGAAGUGGAGCACUUGUCGGGAGGCGAGCUGCAGCGGUUUGCCAUAGCGGUGGUGGCAGCGCAGGAGGCUGACGUGUACAUGAUCGAUGAGCCCUCCUCCUACCUCGACGUCAGGCAGCGCCUCAAAGCAGCGCAGGUGAUCCGGUCACUGCUGGGCCCCAAGAAGUAUGUGAUUGUGGUGGAGCACGACCUGGCGGUGCUCGACUACCUCUCCGACUUCAUCUGCUGCCUCUACGGCAAGCCCGGCGCGUACGGAGUGGUCACCAUGCCCUUCAGCGUGCGCGAGGGCAUCAACAUCUUCCUGGCCGGCUUCGUCCCCACCGAGAACCUGCGCUUCCGGGAUGAGGCCCUCACCUUCAAGGCACGUAUCACCUGCUGUGUGGCGGAGACCACUGCUGAGGUGGACGCCAGCACGAAGAGGUUUAGCCACUACGGCUACCCAGCCAUGACCAAGACGCAGGGCAGCUUCUCGCUGCACGUGGAAGCCGGGGAGUUCACAGACAGCGAGAUCUUAGUCAUGCUUGGGGAGAAUGGGACUGGGAAGACCACGUUCAUCCGCAUGCUGCACGGCAGCCUGAAAGCGGACGACGAGAGCGUAGAGGUUCCUGAGUUCAAGGUGUCCUACAAGCCGCAGAAGAUCUCGCCCAAGUUCCCCGGCACGGUUCGGGAGCUGCUGCACAAGCGCAUCCGGGAGAUGUACCUCAACCCGCAGUUUGGGACUGAUGUGCUCAAGCCCCUCAACAUCGAGGCCCUCAUCGACCAGCAGGUGCAGAACCUGAGUGGAGGUGAGCUGCAGCGCGUGGCCAUUACUCUGGCGCUGGGCACUCCUGCCGACAUCUACCUCAUCGAUGAGCCCUCCGCCUACCUCGACUCCGAGCAGCGCAUCAUUGCCGCCAAGGUGAUAAAGCGGUUCAUAAUGCACUCGAAGAAGACAGCGUUCAUAGUGGAGCACGACUUCAUCAUGGCCGCCUACCUGGCAGACCGAGUCAUCGUCUACGAGGGAGAGCCCUCCAAGAAUGCCACCGCCCGAAAGCCCCAGUCCCUCCUCUCAGGCAUGAACCUGUUCUUGAAGAACCUGGACAUCACCUUCCGGCGGGACCCGACCAACUACCGCCCGCGCAUCAACAAGAUGAACUCCGUCAAGGACCAGGAGCAGAAGUCCGCCGGCUCCUUCUACUACCUCGAUGACUAA